GCGAAACAGCAUUAAUGGAAUAUGGCCGACUCAGAGGGUGGUUUCUCUUCGUAUUGAAAAAAUAUGUCAGGUCCCAAUGAGUAAAUCAAGUCAAGUGCUACUUUCUCAUUUUCUCAGUAUUUUUCAGUUUCUACCCAUGUGGACGUGCAAAUGUAGCAUUUGAAAAAUGGCAACUCCAAAGACCUUCAUUCCAAUGGUCUCAGCCUCUCCGCCUCCAUUAGAUGGCUUUGAUGAUGAUGAAGAUGAUGAUUUUGGCUCCUUUGCUAGUGCCGGCUUCUCACCAGAAAAGGCAAAACCGGUGGCACCAAGUGAUACCCACUUCUUCCCCAUCAAGGAAGACCCUCAAGACGACGACCAAGAAUUUGGUAGCUUUGCAACUUCUGAUUCCAGCAGCCGGACUGAGCUGUCGCACAAAAAUGCUGAAAAUGUAGUUGAUACCAAUGACGAAAAUCUCAAGUUUGGAUCAUUCCCAGUGUCAAGAACACAGAGCGCUAGUCUUGUCAAGGAGGAAAGCAACUCCAAUUUUACAUCAUUCCAUGGAUUCACGAAUGGAGCAGAUUCUAAUGAGAAUGACAGUUCAUGGGGGGACUUCACAAAUUCUUCCCAUCUCCAGAUUGAUGUCAUAGGUGAUAAUAGCAGUGAAUCAGAGAGCCAACAUCUCCCAUCCAUACAUCUACAAAGCUCAAGCUCUCAAGAUCCAGCAUCCCAGGAAACUAGAGAAAACCAUGAAGCCACCGAUGAUCUCAACCGAAAUAGUGAGCGUACGAAUUCCUCCAACUCUUACAGUGAUGAUGCUGGCAUGGAUUUCCCUUCUCCAUUCACAUCAGAUUCCCCUUCACAAGAUACAGACUCUUCUGAUUUUCAGUCAUUUCGAUCAGCCAAAACAGAGGGCUCAAAUGUUCCUUGCAAGAGAAAGACUGCUGAAUUGUCCGACAGCAGAACGGUUGACUUCAAAAGUCAUCUUGAAGAGUUACCCAAGCCAAAUUCAAGAGAAAACCUAAGAGGUGAGCAUUUUAACACAGAGUUAAAAAAUGGCAGUGAGUCACUCCAAACAGGCGAGGUUAAAAACCUAAGCGAGGAUGAAUUUGGAGACUUCAGUUCAGUCAGUGCCCAGGAGGAGCAAAUCAGAAAUGUGGCACCGUCUCAGACCUCGAACCUAAGCCACCAGUCACUGGCCUCAGAGUGUGCCAAAUCAGAUCUUGAAAGGCAAGACUCCCAGUAUUCAGUUGAACAUGGGUCAAAAGCUUCUGACACCCUAAAUGAUGACUGGGGAAAUUUUGACAGUAUGCCUGCCAGUACUACUGAGCCUACAAUGAAGGAAACUGAAAUUCACAGCCAAGUCACCCCACACAAAGGGGACAACAAUGACUUCAAUGACUUCAAGUCGUUUGGUGAGAGGCCAUUGUCCAGUGCUAAGAAACCGAUCAACAGUACUUCCCCAGCCCACAAAGAUGGUAGUUUUGACGGGUUUGGGACUUUUCACACAAGCUCUUCCACUAUACAAGAAACAGAACCCACCUACCUGAAUCUAGCCCCUCCCCGUCAGGUAAGCCCACCCUCUGCCUCAACUCUGGAAGAGGAUGAUUUUGGUGAUUUUGGAACCUUCCAGGAAGGAAGCACUAAGCAGGCAGGGCCCCCAGUGGUGGGGAAAUUUCAUGUAGUCAGUGGAAGUCAGGAAGAUGUCCCAUCCGACUUCAGCUCGGCCUUUGGUGCAGUCUCAGCAUCUUCAUCACAGGCCCACGGCAGUAAGGUGGACAGGGUAUUCAAGACAUGUUUCCCCAGCAACGGGUCACCUCUAGCGGCUAGUCUGGUUGUGGACCUGCUGAUUGACAUCGUAGUCAAGGGACAGCAGGAGACAGAGGAUAACACUCCAAUGUCGGACUCCGGCAAGCGAGAUGCCAGUAGGAGGAAUGAGCAAGGCAACGUGUGGAACUGCCUGAGGGACUUGGAGCGAACCAACGCGCUGGGUUACCAGUGGGCCAAGUCAGGUAACAGCAAGCAACUCUUGGGAUCUCUAGGAGUGGACUCUAGGAACAUUCUGGCCUCUAAGAAGGCUGGGAUGCCCAUCUUUGCACCCAACUUGGGGAUGUUGAUGCCGAGCAAGCCUGGAGAGAAGCAAGAGAAGCCAGCUGUCAUGGGCAGUGGCGGCGCGGUGGAGGACAACCCCGAGGGAGAGCAAGGAUCCACCCCUGCUGGUACACCAGAGGACGCAGUUCCUAAGGUUGAAUUUGACUGGAGUAAUAGUGGCCUGACUAAUCCAUUGGAUGCCAAUGGUCUUAACCUGGAUAUCUUUAGCAAGGAAGGGAGCACCUCAGCUAAUCAUUUUGUCUCCAAACCCAAACAUAAGUCAGCGCCGCCGUUGGAUCCAGAAAUCCUCAAACUGGAGAAGUCGGGCCCUGCCCAACCCCUCCCGGUCCAGAAGGCCCACAAGCCGCUGGACGCCAUCCUGAAGAGCUCGGCCACCUCCAUGGUCCAACAGCGUAGCCAGCGGGAGGCCGGCCUGAGCAGCGAGGCUCACCGUGUCCUAGAUGGCCUGCCUAGCCUGUCCUUCAUGCAUGCCAAGGUGCUGAUGUUCCCCAUGCGGCCCCUGGAGGGGGGCACCACAACUGGUGGCGCACCCUCGCAGGGCUCCCUCUUGUGAUUUCUGGCCUGUACAGGGAAGAAAGACUUGGAGAUCCUGUUCCUCUUCAUGUAAGAUCUAAGACAUCCAUUGUCACAAUGUUAACAAUACUAGAGAAAGGGAAGCUUACAUGUUCAUUUACCACAGGUUGGUUGGCAUUGUUAACACAUCCAAUUAGAUGGACACAGAUGCAUUGAGAUUCUAAAUGUGACUGUGUACAUGACCAAAGCUGUGCAUUACCCACCAGAUCUGAGAGGGUGUUGUCAUGGCCAGCUGCUGGAUUCCCCUAGGGACUCUGGGAGUGAACUGCAUCAGGUGUGAUCUUGCUCAGCAAGGAGGCAGUGUGAAGCUUAUGGGCAUUUCCCUGGUACAGAAUGCAUACCAGGAAAGUCAGUAAUCCAUCUAAUAACAAGCUGAGGAUGUUGGUUUCCGGUCCUUCAGGAACAUUGUGGAAUUUGAAAGCAAAGUGUGUCCUAAGCCAUUUGGCCCAUCAUGUUGGUGUUUAUCUUUGGUUUCAUUGACAUAGAAUGAUUGACAAUAUUUCUGUUCCUCCCAGGAUUGGGUGCCAGCCCAUCACAGGUGGCUCCCCAAUGAUAAUGCUAGAACCCAUUUAUACUCCUGGGUGGAGAGAGGCAAACAGAGGUGAGGUGACUUAGGCCACAACAUACUAAGGCCACAACAUACUGCCAGCAGUUGGAUUCAAACCCCCCACCUGUGAUCAGAAGCUACAGACCCUAAACAGUAGGCAAUACACCCCCAAAAUUUGAGAAGGGAAGUGUGGGAACUAGUGCGAACUUGGAGCUCUUAUCUCGCUGGUUCCCAUGCGCUUGUUAACACACCUGAAGAAUUACUGCGUACCACUGAAAUGUCCUUUAUUGGCAGCAGUGUUUAGCACUAAGUAACCAGUGAGCUGAAUCCACAUGGGUAAUCUGGUUGAUUGCAUGUACAGUGCUCAGCUUUCACAAUCAUCACUUGACCAUCUUAGCAACACAAAUGUUAAGCCGAAGUACAUGUAACAAGCAUUUGAAUUUCACUUUUUUCCUGUGAUUUCAAGGAGCUGCACAGUAUUGUCACCCACAUGUAGUCACAAGACGUGCCACUUUAUCUGCACUGAGCCUUUUACAUUUUCUUUCCUUAUGCAUCAAUUGCGCCAAUAGAAUCAUGCAGAUAAGAGUAGCAGUUUGAGAGUGGUAGUUCAGUGCAGUUUUUAACCGUAGUGCAGUGGACUAUAGGCACAGAUUCAUCAUUGUUGGGGCCGGGUCAAAAUUCAUUUAUUGCCCCAAACUCAGCCACUGAUUUCUCGGAAAAAAGAAUUGCCUUUGGAAGACUACUGGCAGUCCUGUUCACCAGCAUCCUGGAAGUUCUUAUAAUCAAUUACAUAAACACGUUACCUCGGUAUCACGUUGCAAUAACCAGCAUCACAGACCAUUCUCUUUCCAAGAAUACAUUGUUUUAUCGUGUAUCAAGAAUUUUUUGUGCUUGUUCAUUGGUUAUGUAGAUCUUAAAUAUGCAGGAAAAAAAUGAGCUUCACAUUUGUUGUGCCAAACAUAGAAUCAGUAUAUAUUUUUGUGGCAAAAGCCAAAAUUCCACAUGGGUAAAGUUGUGUAGUUCUUAAUGCUUUUUAUUAAAAUUUUAUAGUGACCCCUCCAAGUAUUGGCAGAACUGUAGUGUAUUGGUGUUUCAUGUGGCUGAGAUUGAAAAGAAUAUUAUUCUCAUCAAUGUAUAUUCUGUACUUCAUGCAAAAAACAAGGUGAGCCACACUGACAUUUCCUGUAAUUAUGGCCAACUUUAGCUUAGCAUGAAAUGGUUUAAAAGUUUGCUUGUGUUGUUUGUUGUGGGUUCUCACUUCUCAGCUUAGUUUUGCUUAGAAAAAUCAUAUGUUGUACUAAGGGGUGUGAUAAGGUGGGGCGAGCCCCAUCACAGACCUCUUUACCUUUUCGUAUGGGUGCUCAGGGUGCCAUGAGCCCUCACUGGCUUCAUUGGAAAGGGAACAUAUUCACAAAGUGUGAUGUCAUCAGCAUGUAGGCUUUUUGGUGUGCAUCAGACAAUAACUUGGCAAUGGAGAUUGGAAAAAAAUGUCUGUUAAUCUUUUGUAGAAAGUAGUGAUUAAUAGAUUACUGCUGAACGUAGUAGAGUGAUGCCUAGAUCAGGAGGCAGUUUCAUCGCUCUGCUUAUCACAGAAUUAUACGCUUAGCAUUACAAUCCUGUGCUUACUGCACCAGCACACAAAUGCUGAGCUGACGUGACCUAAACAUCCACAGUUACAGGGUGUACCGGUAAGCUUGCACUUUAGUCCAAAUUCCCUGCUAACCCAUGCAUUUUGCUGACGGUAAGCACAGCAUUUUUUUUGGGGGGGGGCAGAAGUUGGCUAAGAUUAUCCUCGUACAAAGUUGAGCAGAGCUAUGGAAUGGGUUCUCAUUUGUUAGGAUUUCUCUCUUGUGAGGGACUAGUUAGAGACCAUUAGAGGGCAGCAGACAUGCUGGUCAUGUUCAUGUGAGCUGUGAAGUACUUUAUUCUUACGUACUAAGACUCUGUGGGAAUUCAUUUCAGAAGAAAUCUCACUUUUGUUUUUCUAUGAGCCUGCCAAAUGUGUACCACUGCAAUGUGCACCUACUGCUCAUAAAAAAGGUCUGGAAUGUUUUGAAGAUGUCAAAGCACAUUAUAUUAAGAUGUGCAAAAUUACAUCAUAAAUUUGAGGUUUUUAAUUUCCCAGGGACUCUGUGUGUUUGACGUUAUGUUUUGGGAGAGAGCUGAACCAAAACAAAUUGGGGGAGGGGGGGUUAGUGCCACCAAAUGUGUAGCCUUUUAAGGCCUCGUUUUGAAAAAAUCACUUGUUAGUUUUCCAAAACAAAGCAUUUGUUUUGUCCCUCCCCUCAUCCACCAGUGGUUAUGGACCAGUGGUUAUGGACCAGUGGUUAUGGACCAGUGGUUAUGGACCAGUGGUGAUGGACCAGUGGUUAUGGACCAGUGGUUAUGGACCAGUGGUUAUGAACCAGUGGUUAUGGACCAGUGGUUAUGGACCAGUGGUUAUGGACCAGUGGUUAUGGACCAGCGGUUAUGGACCAGCGGUUAUGGACCAGUGGUUAUGGACCAGUGGUUAUGGACCAGCGGUUAUGGACCAGUGGUUAUGGACCAGUGGUUUAUGGGUUGCUUCAGCAUCUGUAGUUCAAAUUGCUCUCAUUUGCUGAAAUCAUUAAGAGAAUGGAGCACAUGUACAUUUUGAUAUUUUUGAUGAGUAUGUUCUCAUCGCUGUCUUUGAUGAGUAUGUUCUCGUCGCUGUCUUUGAUGAGUAU